GACAUAUCCUUGUGUCUAGACGUCGAAGCGACUUCAGCAUCAUCUGACUCUGGCAAAUCCAGUCACAAGUUGUCAUUCAUGAUCGGUGAAAAGGCAGAGCUCGGCGCGAAGCCCGUGGCAGCACGCAAGAGACGCGCUCACAAGAAGGUCAAGACGGGAUGCGCCACCUGCAAAAUUCGAAAAGUGCGCUGUGAUGAAGAGAAACCUGCCUGCAACCGCUGUGUCUCAACUGGGCGCAAGUGUGACGGCUAUGCGGUACCCUCCGAGCCGCCCAAGGGAGUCACGACAAGCUUGCAUCUCUACCGCCCAGCUGCCGACGCCAAGCUCAUCCUCCCCGCAAAGAACCUCAACGAGAUCCGAAGCUACCGAUUCUUCAUGGAUGUCACGGCUCCUACUAUCGCCACCACGUUCGACGCCGACUUCUGGCGGUUCGAAGUUCCCAGGAUAUGCCAAUCCGACCCCGCUAUAUGGCACGCCAUCGUGAGCUUUGGAUCCAUCCAUGAGAGUUACGUGACUCCAGGACCGUCGCAAUACGUCAAAAACUUGUUCGCUAUGCAGCAGUUCAGUGCCUCUAUUCGAUAUUUGACUGCUCCAAGCUACACUGAUAAAUGGAGGGCGCUCGUCAUCAGCACCAUCUUUACAUGUGUAUGCCAUCUCGAGGGACUUCCAGACCAGGCUCGCAUGCAUCUCCGAGCUGGCCACAAGCUUCUUGAGGAAAUCCUGCUCGAAGAAAGAAGCCGCCACGUCAAGGGACUCGGUCCUCACUUACCACGCUCGCCGUCAAGCAUGGCCCCGGUAUCGUUAUCUUCAAUCAGCUCUAUCCUCACCGGCUUCCAAAUUACAGAGCAAGCGCUAAGUCGAGGCGGCAUCUCGGAUCUUCCCACGUUGAUAUCGCACCACGAUGGCUUCACCGCGUGGCGCUAUUACACGGCACCAUCUAAGUCGCCGUACUUGACAGUCGAGAACCUGACAAGGGCUACUCGGGCUGCUGAGUCGCUGUUGAAUGGCCUCUGUUUUUUUAUGCAGAAACAUUCCGAAGAAAUCAAGGACCUCCUCCUCGGCAGAGGUGAUGCUAGAUCGCUGGAGUCUAUCGCCUCGGAACAAGGGCUAGAGACGAGGUGCUUCAGAGAAAUCUCAAAGACAAUUCGUUCUUUGGAGGCAGAACAGACGACUGCUGAAGCAUGGAACGAUAGCACAGAUUAUCCGUUGAAGAAAGCCCUCCUCACCCUAAAGCUAUAUCACGAAACCAACCGUUUCAUCAUCUUAAAAGAUCCAGAUGAACCUGACAUGGCGAAGAGAAUCGCAGCUUUGCCAGCAAUUGGUGUGCGAAUUGUCGACCUUGCCGAGGAAAUCCUCGACCUUCCAAAGACGGGAAACGACAAGUCUUUCGUGCCGAGUCCUGCGACCUCCAACCCACUAUUUGUUGUUGCGCACUCUGGGUUUACCCGAGAAUCACGACGACGUGCAGUGCAACUGCUCAAGCGUCCCCAAAUGGUAGGUCUUUGGGAUACUCUGCUCACGGCGAGGAUAGCCGAGGCUAUUAUGGAGAGGGAGGAGAUGGUGGCAUAUCAGGAUCAGUUGAGAAAGGUUUCAGAGGGAACACUGGCCCCGGAAUCGAUGCAGAUGAGUGGCGAUGUUCCGAUGCAGCCUUUGCAUCGUAUUUUCAGCAUGACCGUCUCCGUGACUGGGAGAAGGAAGGCAACUAUAUCAUUGCGGACGUGGCAAGACUGGAUACAAGGGGAACGCGGGCAGCAGAGCGUCAUCAAAUGGUAAUAGUGCCAUAAUAGCGAAGUGCCCAGUGUAGUUUAUAUCUUAGACCGUGCUGGUUAAUAGACAACGC